AUGAACUUGUGCUGCACUCUCUCCUGCACCUUCCUGCUGCUCCUCGCUGACCCUUGCUGCUCCUCGCCGGGCAAGAUCUUACAAGCAAUAGCGGCGGCGCACAAGCAGCGGCUCAAGCAGCACCCGCAGCGGCAGCACAAGCAGCAGCGGGAGCAGUGCACUCGGCGGCCGGCGGCCAAGCCCGGGCCGGAGUCGCGUAACCCUAGGGGACGGGAGGGAGGGGGCGAGGGAGAGAGGGCAACACCUUCCUGGGCUGGAUCCGGCCGCCGGCGUGGAGGAGCACCAAGUGCAAGUCGCCGCCGCCGUCGAGAAGCCCCGACCGCAACUCGCCGUCUCUGUCGUCUUCGCGAGUUCUUGCGGGCGAGAGGAAAGGGAACGACCAGAGAUCGAGACCUCCCAGUUCGUGGUCAAUCCAGGGAAAAGGGUAUGUUGGACAUUUAUUGCAGGAUCCAUCUCACAGAGGGCAAAAUAGCAAAGUUCAAUGUAAAAGAUGGCAAUGGAUCAAUUACAAUCUAA